AUGGACCUCCUUCCAAAGCACCUCAAUGAGCUUUCUGAUCCCGCCAGAGGUAAGCGAUUGUCAGCCUACUCCAAGCUCUACGAACUAUGUGCAAAUGGAGGCUUGACUGAAUUGGAAGAGUUUGACAUUCUUCGAAAUUCCCUUCGAGGAUUUGAGGAUAGUUCUGAGCGGUGCCGUGAGUACGCUAUUAAGAUUGUGACCACCGUGCUUCCGAGACAGAAAUCUUCAGUUCUUGAUUGGGUGUUACCUGCCGUGGUGACGAGGAUAGGUGUCUCGCCAGUUGUGGAAGAGAGUGAGGAGUUACGCCUAUUACUGCUAAGGUUGGCAGUGUUGUGUAUGGAAAGCUUUCCACAUGAUAUUGGGCCUCGUGACUACAUUGAUUUUUUUCAAGUUCUCUUGGAAAACUGUUUACGCGAUGCCUUUCCAGAGUUGAAGAAGGAAGCUUGUCGUGCUUGUGUUUGUCUCUGUGAAAUUGAGCCUGUGCAAGUCAAGCACAUUGCACUACCAUUGGCGAAGGUGGUGAAAGGCUGUCUUCUUCACAAGCACAGUGUUGUCCGUGUUGAAGCUGUACUGACAUUGGCGUCAUUGGUUCAGCGUGGUGCCGUGGAGAUUUUUGCUGACGGCAAGGACGAGCCCGACAACAGAACAACAACAUUUGUUUUGUUUGUAUUGGCGAAUGACCAUGUUGAAUCUGUUCGUGGUGCUGUCGUAAAGCUUCUUUCAGUGGCCCUUUUGGAUAUUGUGGAACGUCAGGAACAGCAUCGCCGGUUGCUUCCUCAUUUGUUACUGCUAAUGACUGACCGAUUUGAUACAGUGUCCACCAAGGCGUAUGAAGUUUUAGAGAACAUGGGAAAGUUGUACAUGCUUGAUAAUGAGGACAAUACGAUCGACAUAACAAAAAGAAGAGUGACUAUGAAAGAUAUUGAGUGGUACGGGGAUGAAGAGUAUCCAGAUAUGAAGCUACUGACGGUUGACAAAAGCGUUUAUCCACUUCUACAAAGGCGUCCCUCCUUAGGUGCUCGGUAUGUUGUUGCUGAGUCUUUGCGUGGGUUUAUAGAGAGAAUUCUUGGUGAUGUGACUGCAAUAGAUUGGGUUAUACCAUUCUCUUCUAACAACAGACGAGUCAUGGCAUUGCGCAUAUUAUGGAUGUGCAUUUACCAUGCUGAGAAGUCUGUGGUGCAGUUUGUUGAACAGAUCUUGGGUGUAUUGUACAGAUCCUUACGAGAGGACAAUCAAGAUGUCGUACAAGAAUCGCAUAUUUGUUUGGAAAUAUUGGGUAAGUUCUUAAUACCUGAGCAGUACCUACCAUUUCUCACGGCAAAAGACACUGUAAAGCAAGAUGAAGAGGACACACCUGUGAUUCUCCAAUCACGUUCAAAGACGGUUGUGGUAUCACCUGUGGGUGGUGUUGCCGCUCCCACACCGACUAUAUUUUCUACAGCAGCUGUUUCCGUGAAGUGUAGUAUCCUGGUUGCAUUCCGCUAUCUCAUAGAGGGCUCGAAGCAUUUGUUGUCCGCCUCUCAGGCUACACAAAUCGUCAAGGCAAUGACAUCCAGUGAUGUUCUAGAAAGUGAUUCAGAGGCGCUUCUGUGUUCUUUACUGGAUACACUGGAUGUUAUGGUGCACAUAUUGGGUGAGCGAAAGUUUAUUCCGACACCCACGAAUCCGCUACCUCCCGAGGUUCGCGACGAUGUGAAUCAAAGAACGUUGGAUUCUUUACUGUUUUACGCUCUUCUAUGCUUGCGGUCAUCUGACUUUCCGUGUGUGCAGACACGGGUCUCUCAUUGUAUCAAAGAUCUUUCUUCGGUUGUCACCGGUGAGUCAAUGGGAAUUUAUGAUCUUCAUUUUGGAAGAAUACUGUUCCGGUACGGGGCACAUAUGCCGGUAAGUGCAUUUUCCGACCUUGUUCUUAACUCUGGGGAAAUCGGGACGUAUGCAGAGCAGUUGUCCGGGGUUUUUCUUGUGAAACUCACUGACAUUGACUUCACAAAAUCUGUGACUGAAGAGCUACACUACCUUCGGGUAUUAGAGCAGCUUCUCUGGCAGAAGACCCAUGUGUUCUCAGCGUCUCAGUUGGAAGAGCUUCUGCGAACUGUCGUGCUUCCGUUGAGUGCGUUUCGUCCGGGGGGCACGGCUCAUUUGUUUCGGAAGGUUUCUGUCAACUGCCUUUGCGCGAUGCUUGAAGAUCAUCACUGUGGCUUAUUGAAGACAAAGCUUGAGGAUAAUGAGUACGCUCUUUCUUCCAAAACGGUAUCUGCUUGGUGCAGUGCUUCGGAUGCAGACGAUGCAGAAAUGCGACUUGUGUGCAUGACAAGUACGCCGGAUCUUUGUCGCAUGCCUGUUAAUGCAGGAAGUGCUAACGACAUAUUAAUGUGGGUUAUGCUGCGAUUCGAUGAUUCGAGUGACGUCAUCCGUGCCAAAGCCGCGUCAGGCUUGCUGACAGUUUUAGAAACUAAGAACGCCGUUUCGCCCCUUGUUAUUGACCAAAUUAUAGUGCAGUUGGUGCCGCUGGUUAAGAAAAUACUUGUUCACCUUGACGACUCGGAUGAAAAUGUCGGUCUAAGGCCGGUUCUUGUAGCUGUGCUGAAGAACAUUGCGACAUUUUCACCGUCUGCCACAGCAGAUCUCGUCCGUGCUGCGCUGGCAAAACACCAGGACCCCACUUACUGUGAAGAGGUGCUGCGAUAUAUUGAUACUAUUUAA